AUAUACACACUGAGGUCAGGUGUCUGCUCUCUGCCCGGGUUAUUAUGGGAUCACUCUCUGCCUCUGGCUGCCGCACAUAGAGUACAGUAGUUCCCGGCCGUCACGUGAUGCCAGCAGUCCCUGACAUGGCGGCUCCCAGUCCCAGUUACUUGUGACCCGGCUACCACAAUGGGAGCGGAGAACUCGUUGAGGCCACAGAACCGCAGGACCCCGAGCUCCCGGCCGCCACGGACAUGGGCCCCCUCCACCUCCUGCAGCUGCCAGAGGAGCUCCUGCUGCUCAUCCUCUCCUACCUGGACCGCAGGGCCCUGGGGCGGCUCGGGCAGGUGUGCAGGAAGCUGCAUCACGUCACCGGCAGGGACUCGGUGUGGAGGGGGAUGGCCCGACGGUGCCUAAACUCCGGCUUCGUGCAGCAGGGCAGAGACGCGUUUUCUGGAAUUCCUGUAAAGGAAAGAGUACGGGUUUCUCAAAACUGGAAAAAUGGAUGUUGCCGGCGUGAUACGCUGCUCAAGUGGAAACGCAAUUUAAUGCCGUGGUUACAAGUGGAUGGAAAUUUGUUGUACCUUACUCAGGCUGAAGAAAUCAGAGCGUACCAGCUGCGGCCGGAUGGCAAUGGGCUUCACAUGAGACCCUAUGCUGUCUUUUUGGGCCACCAGGAAGAUGUGUGUCGCUUUGUAGUUACCAAUUCCCACAUAAUCAGUGGAGGCGGGGAUGGUAAGAUCGCCGUUCAUAAAGUCCACAGCUCUGCCAGUAUCCAGUUCACUGCACACGAGCAGGAUGUGAAUUGCGUGGAUUGUCAUGGAGGAAUUAUAGUCAGUGGCUCCAGGGACAGGACAGCGAGGGUGUGGUCCCUCUCAUCCAGUAGAAAUGGGCAGUGUCUACAUACCAUCCAGACAGAUGACAGAGUUUGGUCCGUCGCCAUAAGCCCUCUAUUAAGCUCCUUUGUUACUGGGACAGCUUGCUGCAGCCAUACAUCACCACUCAGGAUUUGGGACCUCCAGAGUGGCCAGCUGAUGAACUGCCUUGGAACUGAGUUCAAAAGAGGUGCAGGAGUUUUGGACGUCCACUAUGAAACGCCAUUCACGUUACUAUCAUGCGGCUAUGAUACAUACAUACGUUACUGGGACUUAAGAACAAGCUCCAGGAGGUGUGUGAAGGAGUGGGAGGAGCCACAUGACAGUGCCCUGUACUGCAUACAAAGUAAUGGGAACAACAUGAUAGCCAGUGGGUCCUCAUACUAUGGAGUUGUGAGAUUAUGGGACAAGAGAAUGAACCAAUGUUUACAGACUUUCUCCUUGUCAUCGCCAACAAGCAGCCCAGUGUACUGCCUUCGAUUCAACACCUCUCACCUUUAUGCCGCCCUGGCUACAACACUUCACGUUCUAGACUUCACUGUUUCCAGCCACUAAUUUACAAAGCAUCUAUUACCACAAUAUUGGACGUUCGAUAUCAACCGAGACCUUCUUGUAACACAAAGGACAUCUCUGGGGGUGUAAAUCUGCUAAAGAACAGCUAAACAUAAAAUACUAGUUGAUCCAAAAUAAAAAGAUAUCUUACAGCCUUAACAAACUUUUACCUAAAUGUUAUCACUUUCUGGCAGAAAAGAAAAGAUAAGAUUGUAUGUCCUUAGAUGACUACCAAAAAUUACCGUCUGUAUUCCCCCAAACCUAGACUUACCUUAUUCUGGGGCAGAUGUAUUAAGCCUGGAGAAGUGAUAAAGCAGUGAUAAGUGGAAAGUGAUAACGCAGCAGCCAAUCAGCUCCUAACUGUCAUUUUUUCAACCCCGUAAUGAUUGGCUGGUGCGUUAUCACCUUCCACUUAUCACUUCUUUAUCACUGCUUUAUCACUUCUCCAGGCUUAAUACAUCUGCUACUCUGUUUCCUACAAUAGGCUUUUAAUAAUAAUAAUAAAAAAAAAGUGAAUGUGUCUAAUGUGCACAGAAAACGUUCUUCCUCACACACGUACUUCUUAUCUAAAUUAUCUUCUCUUUGACAAGUGUCUGGAAUUUUUGUAGAAUAUCUGUGGAUGUGACAAGAGGUUUUUCCAAUGAGGUAGCUUGUGUUUUAUGUUUAGGUGUCCUAACUAUGUAUUUACCAGGUUGUUUGGGCCUCAUUGUCAUUUAUAUAUAUAUUACACACUAUAUCAAUAUACACACACACACAGGACGCCAAAAAUGUCUUCUUUUUCCUAUGGCACAUGCAAAGAAAAUCUAUUUUCUUCAUCUCAUCUUUUAUAGAAAUGUUACAAUUUUCAAAAUGGAUAUUUAUGGAAGAUAAUUUAUAUCACAAGUUUAUUAAUUCUGUACCCACCAAAGUGACUUUGUUGACCUUGAUUUCCCAAUGUGUUCCUUGUGUAAUGACUUAUGUGCAACCUUAAUUGUUUUAUAUCCAAGUUCCAUUUGCUUUGUUAUCCAGUUUGGCGAACAGAAAGCUUUAUUUCUUUAUUCGUACUGAUCGUCGCUGGGUGAUGUGCAAGAUGAUAGCUUAUUUUUAUAUUAUAAUUCCUUCCAGUAAAGAAGAUUUAUGUUUUGUGGUUCAAAAUCGAGAGUGUUAGUCCAUUAGCUUGUGAGGUUCCAGAAUCCUUUCAUUAAACUGAAAUUAACCUUCA